GAUUUGCUGAGGGGCUUCUGCCAGCACUCUCUGGAGCUGGAAUUUGCAUUCAGCCUCCCUCUGUUAUCUGUCAAGGCCCUACUCUUCAGCUUUUCAGUUCAGAUUAAUUUCCCUUCUUCCCGUGGGAGUGGUUUGAUUUUUUUGUUUGUUUGGGAUUUUUUAAUGGAGGGUGAGUAGUCGUUAGAUUUGCAGUCUUUCUAGGAAACAAAUGUGCCACACUGUAGCUACAUUUAUUCUCGUGUCUAGACCUGAUGGGGAAUGUUGCUAGGGUUUAUCAGCUUCAGAAGUAUGUGCUCAAGAAUGGACUUAGGGGACUCCUUAAACUUUUGUGUCUUCCCUGGACCAACAUUCACGACAAACUUGAAAGGAGGCUGGAGAACUAGAAAGCAGUUGCUUACAACUGCAACAGGCUCAGUAGUGGCAAAGCAAUAAGCUAGAAAAUGUCAUGGAGGCAAAGGAAGUGCCCGAAAAAUUCUGAUUAUUCACUCAUUAUUGCUUCCAUGAAAAUAGGUCACUUUCUGUGUCAGUAUGUCAGCAGGCAGACAGGCAUGAAAAGCGACCAGGGGGAUCUGUGCUCCUUUCUGUGUUACGAGAGACUCUUCUCUCUCUCUCUCUGGGGGAGGCAGCUAUUUUUUAUUUUUUUUUCAAAUGUGAUGAAUUCACUGGGUGUUCACAGGGGCCAUGCUGCUUCACAAGCUCUUGCUGAUCGUCCACUUUCUAACUCCCCUUUAGUACCACUCGGGAAAUAUUACCUGGUGCUCUACCUGGGCAUAAUUGAUGAAGGAGCUGCCUGGUAACAGACUUGUGCAGACCUUUCCCCAAGUUAUGCUGCCUGAGGGACAGAUCUCACAAGCUGCCCUAAGCAGUACCAGAGUGACUCUGGACCAGCACAGCCUGGUCCUGUUCUGCCAUCCUGUCUGCAAGGUGGGGCAUGAGCACAUGGCUGCUCCUUCUUUAUGAGGACCUUGUGGGAACUACUGUCUGAGAUCAUCCCAUGUUUUAGCAAUGGCAGGCUGUCAAUCAGCCCUGAAUUUCUCACAGACUUCUUGGUGCUAGAAUAUUGUAAAGGGUUUUCUGCAUCACUGCCAUUGUGUUAUGUAUUGCUGUUUGGGAGCUAUGUACCCAUGCCACUAAUUACUCAUGUUUAUUAACUUGCAAGUUAGAUUCCUGAAAGGUUUUCUAGUGAUAAGUUUCUAGGUAUAGGGACUGAAGACUGUGAAUUACAGAUGUGUUUUUCUAGGUAAUUAAGUAUUUGGAGGGUAUUCUUGUCCAGAGUACCCUUGUCACUAGAAAUCCCUGCACAGCAGUUUGGAAACCACUGAUCCAGCCUGGAACAUGUGGGAAGAAAAACAUGGCACUGCAGGAGAAGGAACCACAAGGUGGCAAUCUCUCGCCGCACUUUAACGGGCAAAAUAAAGAUCUGGCCCGAAAAAAAAAAAAAAAAAAGAAAAAAAUCGCGGACAGUAAUCGCGGACAGUGUAAAGCUGAAGAGGCGUUAGGUUAGUCGCAUCUUGUAUCUUCCAGAGCCACAGCAACGUUGAUUUUGAUGCUGGAUUUUCUCUUCCAAACACUUUUCCCUUUAGUAUGAAAAUCCCAGUCUCGAGGAGCUGGAUCUGUAGGCUACUCUUUGCUGGCUUUUCAUCCUUUGCCCCCAAAUAGGCAGCAGAUGUUGCUUGUUAGAUUGCUAACUACCGGUGCUGCUUGCGUGCCUGCAGGCAGAGCUACUGUGUGCUUGGAGAGAGUUUCCUCCUGCACUGGAGGCACUGUCUGGUUCAGGGCAUUGCUAGCCUCAUGUUAUACUAAUGCACAAUAUAAUGGUUGCUCUGACAUGCCUCAAUGGCAGCAAAAUCACCUGGGUGUUAGGGCUAGGCAGUGACCUGCAGGCUGAGAGUGUGUUUGGUCUUGAGGGGACUGCAAAGCCAUAGUGGCUGUGGCUAUACCCAGAAAAAGAUGUGGCCAGAGAGGGGAAAAACUCAGAAAGAAAAUAAUGCUCAGUUUAAGGUAGAGCCCCUCUGGUCCUGCAGUAUCAAACACCAUCUGUUGCUAUGAGCUCCAUCUCGAUCAGGACAUAGUUGUGUUCUUGCCAGAUGUUAGCUUACAUGUGCUACAUGUAAAAGUAAACUGGUGUGAAAGCUGUGGUCAGAUGUGCUUUCAGUAGGAUUUGCCCUGCAUAAGUGACGACGUGCUAGCCAGCCUCUUGCUGAGAGGAUGCACUCCAGAAGUUGCAGGUGUGUGGUUGGAGUGUGUUCAAUGAGUCAAGAUAGGAAAUAUCUUCCAAAGCUCCAAAUAAGACAAAACAAACUCAGCUUUAGCACAUGCUCAAUUGAUUGAGUCUUUGGCAAAGUAUGACAUGAAUUUGCAGUGUUCUCACUGAGGCCUGUCCUGGCAGUGUCCUACCUGCUGAGUCCUUCAGCAAGCACAGCAUAGCUGUCCUUCUUAUGCUGAAUCCUGCUUCUUUUACUGUUCUUCCCAAACUCUUCAGUUAGGAAUGACAACCUGAUUCCCACUCAUGAGCCCUGUUCAGGUUCUGCUGUACACUGUAACUGCCACCACUGAGAUUCCUCUUGUGUCACAGUCUGCAAUAUCCACAAACCUGCCUGUGGUGACUUCUCUCAUCACGGCUGUCCUCUUCCAGCUCUGGCUGUUCAGGUCCGGACAGGACCUGGAGGAAGGGGGAAGCUGGACAUGGGGAGUUUCCUAAAGUCGUUUUGCAUCACCUUAAGGUCUGAAAUCGGAGUCUGGCAGGCUGUGGGUUGCAAUUCACUUCCUUCCUGGUUGAUGGGAGCCCAGGGGCUAUGCUGUCCGCUGGUCCUUUAGAAAAGGGCCAGGAGCCACCAGGGACUCCUAGUGGGGAUAGAAAUGUUAGCAAUCCAAAUCGUGAUGGGAAACAGAAGGAGUAAAAAAAAAAAAAAAAGAAAACCAGAUUUUUUUUUUUUUCUCCCCAGAAAGCAGGAGGAAAUCUAGCAAGGACAAGGCUGGCUUCUCCUGGAACAUGUGUGCAUGUGUGCAAUCUGAUUGUCACUAAUGCUCUGUAGCCAGCUUAGAGAAGAUGCUUUGCCUAAAAGAGGCACUUGGGCAAAGGGGAUUUCUAUGUGCUGAGAUGGCAGCUGGUUUGAACCCCAGAGCAAUUCCUACAGCAGGAAAUUGUGCAUCUCAGUCUUUCAAGGACUGUUGGGACUUCAACACUUUGGGAUUUCACAAGAUCUCUCUACGGACAAAUCUGCAGGACCAGACUCUCCUGAGCUGCUCCCGGCGGCUGGUGACCCUGGCGCGGGGCCUGGCCCCCGCCUUCCUGCGCUUCGCGGGCAAGAGGACGGACUUUUUGCAGUUCCACAACGUGAAGAACCCGGCCAAGAGCCGCGGCGGGCCCGGCCCCGACUACUACCUCAAGAACUACGAGGACGACAUUGUUCGCAGCGACAUUGCCCUGGAUAAGCAGAAAGGCUGUAAGAUCGCCCAGCAUCCUGACAUAAUGUUGGAGCUACAGAGGGAAAAGGCAGCUCAGAUGCACUUGGUUUUGUUAAAGGAGCAGUUUUCAAACACAUACAGCAACCUCACACUAACAGCCAGGUCUCUAGACAAACUCUAUAACUUUGCUGACUGCUCUGGCCUUCACCUGAUCUUUGCACUGAAUGCUUUGCGCCGAAAUCCCAACAACUCCUGGAACAGCUCCAAUGCCCUCAGCCUGCUGAAGUACAGUGCCAGCAAGAAGUACAACAUCUCCUGGGAGCUGGGCAAUGAGCCCAAUAACUAUCGGACCCUGAUGGGCCGCUCAGUGAAUGGCAGCCAGCUGGGCAGGGACUACACCCAGCUGAGAAGCCUGCUGCAGCUCAUCCGCACCUAUUCCAGAGCACACCUCUAUGGGCCCAACAUUGGAAGGCCCAGGAAGAACGUUGUUGCUUUCCUGGAAGGGUUCAUGAAGGUGGCUGGUGGCACGGUGGAUGCUGUUACCUGGCAACAUUACUACAUAGAUGGUCGAGUGGCCAAGGUAACAGACUUCCUGAAAACACGGCUGUUAGACACUCUGUCAGACCAGAUCAGGAAAAUCCAGAAGGUAGUGAACACGUACACACCAGGGAAGAAGAUCUGGCUGGAAGGUGUUGGCAUGACCUCAGCUGGAGGCAUGAACAACCUCUCUGACUCAUACGCAGCUGGGUUCCUGUGGCUGAACACGCUGGGGCUGCUGGCCAGCCAGGGCAUCGACGUGGUGGUGCGCCACUCCUUCCUCGACCACGGCCACAACCACCUGGUGGACCAGAACUUCAACCCCUUGCCGGACUACUGGCUGUCCCUGCUUUACAAGCGCCUCAUUGGUCCCAAGGUGCUGGCGAUCCACGUGGCCGGCCUGCAGAGGAAGCCCCGGCCCGGCAGAGUCAUCCGCGACAAGCUCCGCAUCUACGCGCACUGCACCAGCUACCACAAUCACAACUAUGUCCGGGGAUCCAUCACUCUUUACAUCAUCAACCUACACCGCUCCCGGAAGAAAAUCAAGCUGGCAGGGACGCUGCGGGAUAAGAUUGUCCACCAGUACCUGCUGCAGCCCUAUGGCAAGGACGGGCUGCACUCCAAGUCGGUCCAGCUCAACGGGCAGCCGCUGGCCAUGGUGGAUGACGGGACUCUCCCCGAGCUGAAGCCUCGCCCUCUGCGGGCCGGCCGCACCCUGGUCAUCCCCCCGCUGACUAUGAGCUUCUACGUGGUGAAGAAUGUGAACGCGCUGGCCUGUCGGUACCGAUAGCCUGCGGCGCACCAGGGACUCGCCAGCCCCGCUCCUGCCCCUGAGCACUGCCCAGGUCACGCUGCCUCCUCGGCAGCCCACGCAGCCUCGCCGUGGGGCCGUGCUGGGCAGCUCCACGCCGUGCCCUCAUCCUCACCUCCAGGAUGUCCUCUCCCGUGGGACCAUCCUGCCCUGUGACCGCAGAGCUCCACGUGCCCUGGCCACCAUCCCGCCAGAGCAGUGCGACAGCCAAUUUGCAGGGCCUGCCAUCCUCUGUCCUGUGAGCUGCGAGAAGCACCCGGGCCAUGAUGCCCACUGGCUGCAGGGAAGGUCGGGGUGCUGAGCCCCGGUAUAUCCCGGGACAAACGCCCUCCCCGACCCCCUGGUCCCGCUACCCCUCGGGACGACCCCUGCAGCAGCCGGACCCCCUCCCCGGCGGCGGGCAGUGCUCCGGAGCAGCAAGCGCAUGGAAGCAGCUCCCUCUGCUGCCGCCGGGAUGCCGCCAGCCGGCCUGGCCCGCCGGGGGAUGCACCGGGCGGGGCGGG